AUGCUGUCGUCCAAGAUCCACCGCUCCGUGCACAACAAGGAGCUGAUCCAGUCGGCCGGCUUCAUCAACGGCAAGUGGGUCGAGGCCCACUCCAACAAGCACUUCGCCGUGGUCGACCCUUCCACGGACAAGGAGAUCGCGCGCGUGGCCAACAUGGGCCGCGUCGAGACGAACGAGGCCAUCGCCGCGGCGCUGGCGGCCCAGAAGAAGUGGCGCAAGACCACGCCCGCCGCGCGCUCCGUGCUGCUCAAGAAGUGGCACGCCGCCAUCGUGGCCAACACGGAGGACCUGGCCGUCAUCGCGUCCGUGGAGAGCGGCAAGCCACUGCCCGAGGCCAAGGGCGAGGUGGCCUACGCCGCCGGCUUCAUCGACUUCUACGCGCACGAGAUCAUGCACUCGAACGGCUUCCUGCCCUCCACGUCGGCGCCCGACCACAAGAUCAUGGCCAUCAAGGAGCCCGUGGGCGUCUGCGGCAUCGUCACGCCCUGGAACUUCCCGCUCGCCAUGAUCACGCGCAAGCUGGGCCCGUGCCUGGCCGCUGGCUGCACGGCGGUGGUCAAGCCCGCGGCCGAGACGCCGCUGUCGGCGCUGGCGCUGGCCAAGCUGGCGGAGGACGUGGGCAUCCCCGCGGGCGUCAUCAACGUGGUGCCGUCGCCCAACGACAAGGCCGCCGAGGUGGGCGGCGCGCUGACCAGCAGCCACGACGUUCGCAAGAUCUCGUUCACGGGCUCCACGCGCGUCGGCAAGCUGCUGAUGGCGCAGUCGGCCGAGACGGUCAAGCGCGUGUCGCUCGAGCUCGGCGGCAACGCGCCCUUCAUUGUGUUCGAAGACGCCGACCUGGACAAGGCUCUGGACGGCCUCAUGGCCUCCAAGUUCCGCAACACCGGCCAGACGUGCGUGUGCAGCAACCGCAUCUUCAUCCACGCCAGCAUCUACGACGAGUUCGCGGCCAAGCUCGUGGAGCGCGUCAAGAAGCUCAAGAUGGGCCCGCCCCGCGAGGAAGGCGUGAACCUCGGCCCGCUCAUUGGCCCCAACGCCUUCCUCAAGACGUCGGAGCUGGUGGAGGACGCUGUCACGAACGGCGCCACUGCUCUUGUCGGCGGCAAGCGCAGCGACAUCGGCCGCAACUUCUACGAGGCUACAGUGCUGGCCCAUGUAGACAACACAAUGCGUGUGUGGUCGGAGGAGAUUUUCGGCCCUGUUGUGCCGCUGUUCAAGUUCACGACGGAGGAGGAGGUGAUCGAGAUGGCCAACGGCACGGAGGCCGGUCUUGCCGGGUAUUUCUUCUCCCAGAACCUGUCGCGGACGUGGCGUGUGGCUGCUGCGCUGGACUGCGGAAUGAUCGGCGUGAACACGGGCGUGAUCUCAAACGUUCAGGCUCCGUUUGGCGGUGUGAAGCAGUCCGGACUGGGACGCGAGGGCUCGUUCCUGGGCCUCGAGGAAUACCAGGAGACGAAGAUGGUCUGCGUUGGUGGGCUCGAGGCAUGA